GUUGCACCUUACACUAUCAGCCGGCUCUUCCUGCACCUUGUACCCGGCUCAACCCAAAUGCUUGGGGCCUCCUGGCCUUUUGAUUUUGUAAGCUUAUGUUCUUCUGCCUAGUGUGCAGCUGAGCUUACACAACGCGUCUGAGGUGAACAGAUAAAAAUGAGAAGUAGAAGCUUUAGAGAACACAGGCUUCCUGUUUGAGAGCAACAGAGGGAUUGACGGAGGCAGAAAAGAAUACUCCUUUUUUUUUUGCAAAGUGAGAACACACUGAGUAGGACAGCCGAGUCAAGAGAUACAGUGACAGGUCUGCUCUCUGACUGAAGAGAAAGGACUUUAUAGAGCCGUGGAGUUGAGUGAAAGUUUUCUCGAGGAGUAAAAGCAAGAGUCGGCAAGAACGAGAGGAAGAACUCUGACUACAAGUCACCGCACGUGAAGACCCCCGGGCAAGGCUUCUGAGAUGGUCAGGUGGUUUCAUAGGGACAUAACUGGGUUGGAGGCCGAGGCCCGUCUGAAAGCGAGAGGAGUCCAUGGCAGUUUUCUUGUGCGUCCCAGCAGGAAGAGGCCUGAAGACUUUUCGCUAUCUGUCAGGUUGGAGGACUCAGUGACUCACAUCCGGAUACAGAACACAGGGGAUUACUACGACCUGUACGGGGGAGAACAGUUCGCAACGUUGACAGAGCUGGUGGAAUAUUAUACGGGACAACCUGACUGCCUGCAGGACACAGACGGAACUAUCAUCCCACUGAAAUACCCCCUGAACUGCUCCGACCCCACCAGCGAGCGCUGGUACCAUGGGUAUCUUUCUGGACCCGAUGCAGAGAAGUUGCUGCAGACAAAAGGGGAGCCAUGGACAUUCCUUGUCAGAGAAAGUCGUAGUAAACCAGGAGAUUUUGUCAUCUCUGUCUUGACAGCCGAUGUAAAAGAUGGCAAACCCCGGGUGACCCACAUCAAGAUCAGUUGUGAGGGUGAGAAGUAUACUCUGGGGGAUAUAAAGUUUGAUUCUCUCACGGAUCUUAUUGAAGGGUACAAGAAGAAACAUAUAGAAGAAAUUUCCGGAGCUUUUGUGUACUUGAAAAAGCCAUACCACUCCACCAGAGUCAAUGCAGCCGACAUCGAAAAUCGCAUGAAGGAAUUAGACAAAAAGUCUGAGAAAGAGGACUCUGCGAAGGCCGGAUUCUGGGAGGAGUUUGAUGCUCUUCAGAAACAAGAAGCCAACUUAUUGUACGAGAGGACAGAGGGUCAACGGCCGGAAAACAAAAGCAAAAACCGAUACAAAAAUAUCCUUCCCUUUGAUUACACAAGAGUUAUACUACGUUGCGGAGACCCCAAGGUUCCAGGCUCAGAUUAUAUCAAUGCCAAUUACGUGACGAACCAACUAAUGGGUGAAGAUGAACCAUCCAAACGCUUCAUCGCUUGCCAGGGGUGUCUGGCAUCCACCACGGGACACUUCUGGGAGAUGAUAUGGCAGGAAAAUAGCCGAGUCAUAGUGAUGACUACAAAAGAGAUAGAGAAGGGGCGGACUAAAUGCGUCCUCUACUGGCCAGAGCCAGGGACUGACGGGAAGGAAUUUGGACGUUUUUGGGUUGAAAUUCUUUCAGAACAUGAAGCCAUGGAGUACAGGAUACGGACUCUGCGAAUCUCCCUCCUGAGUGAUCGUGCCAACAGCCGGGAUAUCUUUCACUAUCAAUACUUGAGCUGGCCGGACCAUGGUGUGCCCUCUGACCCCGGAGGUGUCCUGAGCUUCCUGGGAGAGGUGAACCGCAUCCAAGAGAGCAUUCCUAGAGCCGGACCCAUCAUUGUACAUUGCAGCGCCGGGAUUGGCCGUACCGGGACCAUUAUUGCCAUAGAUAUGUUGGUUGACACAAUCCAAAUGAAAGGUGUGGACUGUGACAUAGACAUACAGAAAACCAUCCAGAUGGUGAGGUCCCAGCGCUCCGGGAUGGUGCAGACGGAGGCGCAGUACAGGUUCAUUUACGCCGCCGUCGCCCAAUAUAUCGACUACAUCAAACAUAAAAUGCAAGCUCUAGAGAGAACAAAGGCCGCAGAAUCUGAAUAUGGAAACCUGGAUCUGUCUAUGUCCAAGAUGAAGGUUACACGGAGCUCCUCUAAGCCUAAAACGGAAGGAACGGUUUAUGAAAAUCUGAACGCCAAGAAAGAUAAAAAAGAAAAAGUUAACAAAAAAGUCUCAUCAGAACGAGAAAAACCUCGGACCUCUAUAAAGAAGAAGUGACAGGGGUCGGACCUCCUCAGUAUUUCUCCAGCAUCCGAACCCAUUGUCGCCCGAUCCAGGAUUGUUCUGCCAACUCGGCUUUUUUUUAUUUUUUUUUUUGCUAGAAAAUAAAUGUAAAGUUUCUGAUAAUUUAAUAAAGUGUUAC